AUGACAUCGUCGACUUUAACAUCUCAAGCAUCGCGUGUACGUAUUCGAACUUUACAUGUAUGUGAACCAUCGUUUCCUUCACGAGAUAUUGUACGACAAGAAAAUUAUGCUCGACGAAAAGCUCAAGAAUUACAAGGCUGGUGUUGUCCAAGAACAGUUCCAUAUCAAGGUAUUGAUCCAGUUCAUUUGUCGCCUGAACUUCCAAAGCCGAUGACGAAUGAACGAACAUCUAAUGCAACUUCUGCAAAACCAAACUCGAAAAUGUCGAGUGAUGGAAAUGGAUUCAAUCGACCGAAAUCUGGUUCUGUUGGACACGAUGAAAAUUUGAUGAAAACACAAUUUGAAACAAAUAUUCGACGUUUACAAACAGCUCAACAAAAGCAUAUGAAAAAAUCAAGUGAUAUUUUAAAAAGUGUUCAAUUGGGUCAGAGUAUUAAAGAUGUGGUUGGAAAAUUUCCUCGAGCACUUAAUAAUCGUGUGGAUACUGCUGAUUCUCAUGCAACAACUUGUAUUAGUCAUGAUGAAAAAGAAUCGGAUAUUUUAUAUGAUAGAUUACUUGAUGAUUUUGAAGAAGAAGAUGAUAUGGAUGGAUCAAGCGUGAGUGAUAUUCGUGAUGAUAUUAUGUCACCAAGAACAAUCACCAAUACAAAUGUAACUUGCACGGACACCGCAGAAAUACCUGAAUUACGUAAAAAUCAACCUCCUGAAGUAUCAUUUCUUUCAAUGAAAUUAUGUCAAUCAGCUCCACCAUUGAAUCGUAAUAAUAUUCGACAAGCAACAUUACGUCCAUUUACACCACGUUAUAGUAGUCUUUCAGCAAGACUACGUCUUACAAGACAUAUGCCGUUUAGAGAUGAAUUAUAUCGUCAAUUAUGUUGUAUUCUAUGGUUAUUACGAGCUAUGGCUCGAUCAGAUUGGUCCGAAGUAAUUAGUGGAUGUUGGAAUAUUGAUCAAUGGCUACGAAAUGAUUCUCGUUCACAUCUACAUACGCAUCAUCAUCAACAAGCGAAAAAACAACAUGAAUCUAACAAAGGACAUCAUCCUAAAUUCCUUUCAUCCGAAGCUAAAUUGACAUCGACAACAACCAAUAUAUCCAAAGAAAAUACCAUGGGAUCAUUACGAACAGCAGCUGCAAAUAUGGAUAAUUCAAGAAGACAACAUUUAAGUAUUGAAUCAAGUAUAAGUCGUUUACCUGAAACUAGUUUUGAUGAUCACAUUGGAAAUCGUAGUAGAUUAAGUGAUGCUAGUGAACGAUUAGAUUUACAAUUAAAUUCAACAAAUAUUGAUUCUGAUCUUAAUGAAUCAUCAUCAUCAAGAAGUAAUCAAGGUGAUUCAACUGAUAAUAUGAAUUUAGAUAGUAGUCAUCAAAUAACAAAUGUACGUUCAACUGGAGUUACACCUGCUAUAUUCAUAACUAAUACAAGUCGAACAUCAACAUCAACUAAUUUUGCUCAAUCAACUGGUCGCGCUACAUUAGGUCAUCUAUCAUCAAUUAUAGAACGACGACGUAGUCCUGAUGUUUUACUUAAACGAUGGAUGAGAAAUCAAAAAAUAGUAGUAAAAAAUUCCGAGGAACCUUUACCAUUAAAUGAAGCACAACUACGUUUAUUACGUGUGGGUGAUAAUGAUGAUCUCAAACAUAUAUUUGGAUUAGAAAAUACGACAGAUGUUAAUAAAGAACAAGUUCAAGUACGUCGAACACGUGAAAUUGAUCAUAAACUUGUUACAAAUAUUAAACGUCGUUCAACAACAAGUGUUGGAUCAGGUCAAUCAAGACGUCAUGCACAAAUUUUACAUAAAAUCAAACGAGAUUUUAAUGAUUUUACAGAAGAACAAUCAAUUAUUUUAAAUAAUAAACUUGAACAAGUUGAUAAUGAUCGUCUUUUUUAUUGUCAAACAAAAUUACGUGAACUUCAAGAAAAUAUGCCACCAUUAACUAUACUUGAUCGUUUAUUAAAACAUUUACGUUAUGAUGAAGAUAAAAAGAAAAUCGAUGCUGCUUAUCUCAAAUAUCAAUCAUGGUAUGUUGAUUUAUUGCAAUUGGUCCAAUCAGAUUAUAGUGAAGAUCAUAUAAUAAUACUUCUUUUAAAAGAAAUGGAAGAAUUUGCUAAUCCAAGUGAUAAAGCUACGGUUAUUCGGUUUAAAGCUGUUCUGAGUGAUUUACGACCUCAUGAAAUAUGUCAUCCUGAUGUCAUGGCUGCUGUAGAAUUUAUUCGUAUUCAUGUUAUACGAAUGGGAAAUGAAGAGUUUGAUAAAUUUUUUUGUAAACAAUUUCCAGCAGUUACAAAAUAUAUUAUGACUCAAGAUGAAACAACAGGACAUGAUGAUACUAAAUUUGAAACAAAAACUGUGAUAUGA